UUCUUCUCUCACUCCUUGCUCAGCUGUUGAAGUGUGUGAGACGUCCGUAUUUUUUCGUGGAGAUACUGAGUUAUUUGGACUUAUGAAACUGACUGUUUAUGUGCGCAGUAGCGGAUCAAGCGCAUUUUACGCAGUGCUCAUAGCGCCCGCUUGUUGAUAAAGUGCCCUUAUUGAUGUGUUUUUUCUCGGGUCACUCCAUCAGGAGUGUGCGAUACACCUGCGGUCCGGUCGAGCAGCGCGUUUGAACGCACAUGGAUUACAGUCACCUGAUGGCGCCUCCGGUGCCCCCACACAAACCAAGAUCCCCCCGGCCCGCGCACUGCCAGGGGCGGCUGUUGAAGUGCGUGUUUCUCGGGGACGGAGCUGUGGGGAAAACCAGCCUGAUUGUCAGCUACACAACCAAUGGAUAUCCAACAAAAUACGUCCCGACAGCGUUUGACGAUUUCUCAGCGGUCGUACAGGUGGAUGGUCAACCAGUGAGACUGCAGCUUUGUGACACUGCUGGACAGGACGAAUUCGACAAGUUGCGUCACUUCUGCUACACGCGGACUGACGUACUCCUGUUGUGCUUCAGCGUCGUCAGCCCCGCUUCCUUCCAGAACAUUGGUGAAAAAUGGGUCCCGGAGAUCCGACGGCGUUGUCCUCUCACACCUGUGCUGCUGGUUGGCACCCAGUGUGACCUGAGGCAAGAUGUCAAGGUCCUCAUCGAUCUGGCACGGCGCCGAGAGCGACCUGUCCUGGAAGAGGACGCCCGCGCCCUGGCGGACAAAGUAGGAGCGGUGGCCUACGUCGAAUGCUCCUCGCUCACACAGAAAAACCUGAAGGACGUGUUUGACGCCGCCAUCUCCGUGGGGCUGCGAAACUCCGACAGAAGAGCCAGACGAGAACGGAAGGUCCACAGCACUGCUGAUAAAAUGAAAAUGCUCUCAAAGUCGUGGUGGAAGAAAUAUAUCUGCAUACAGUAGCAAAGGUCAAGCCAAUCUUCUGAGGCAUGAACAAUGUGAUAGACUCUGGUUUAGCUUCACGCUCCUCAAGUGGAUGAUGUUCAGUUGGUAACAGAUCAACCAAGAACAGUGUUGCUGCUGUAAGGACGA